CAUAUUGUGGAUAUAUCUAAUCCCAAGGAAAUCUGGAAGUUUGCUGAAAAAUUCAAAAAUGAACAUAAAUUAAAUGUGUUGGAAUUGUCUUGCAGAUCAACAAUGCAGGAUGUAUGGUAAAUAACAGAGAAUUAACUGAAGAUGGACUUGAAAAAAACUUUGCAACAAACACUUUGGGUACAUACGUUCUGACAACUGCCCUGCUGCCCCUCCUGGAAAAAGAAGCUGAUGCCAGAGUGAUAACUGUCUCUUCGGGGGGCAUGCUAGUUCAAAAAUUAAACAUAUCUGACUUGCAGUCGGGAAAUGGGACGUUUGAUGGAACUAUGGUGUAUGCACAAAACAAGAGACAGCAAGUUGUCUUGACAGAACAGUGGGCAAAAUCUCACCGAAACAUCCAUUUCUCUGUUAUGCACCCCGGCUGGGCAGACACUCCAGCUGUGAGAUCGUCAAUGCCAGAUUUCUAUCAGAAGAUGAAGAAUACUCUGCGCACAGAGGCCCAGGGAGCUGAUACUGUUGUAUGGUUGGCAGUAUCACCUGAAGCAACGAAGUUCCCGAGCGGCUUGUUCUUCCAAGACAGGCAACCAGUCCCUACACACUUACCCUUGGCAAGCACUCACAGUCCACCAGAGGAUGAGGAGAAGCUAAUGGAGGUGCUGGAAGAGUUCUCCCAGAAGUUUAAAUCCACUUCUCCAGGAACUUAGUGUCACUGCUGAUGCAGCGUAACCUCAAAGCUUCUAAUUACACAGUACCAGUGCUGUAGUGCGCCUGCUGCUGAGGGGAAGUUGGAUGCUGUAGGCCUGUUAAAAAUAAAUUGUUUUCAGGUGUUCUGAUCAUGGGG